GUUGUUAAAAGUAUCAUCUGUUCUUAGCUUUGUUGCUAUAGAGACCAUACGGUGGUGAUUCUCUUUAUAGCCACUUCCCCCCCCCCUCCCUGAUUUUGGAAACUUGUUGUCCCAUUCCUAUUCAGCUCUCCCUUCUUCCAGAAUUGCUCUGAGCUGUUCUGUCAUGGAAUAUGAUAUAAAACAGUUUCCAGCAGGCUUUGCAAGGUUCUUAUAAGGGAGGAGUAUCUGCCAGUUUCUGAAUAACCACAAGAAUAGAAAUAGAGUUGGAGUUAGUUAUCUGGCCUGUUUGGCCCCUUUAACGUCUUGCCAACAUUCUAAAGAGCUGCUUCUGCUUGACUGUAACAUUUGCUGGACUGGGCUCAAGUUCCAGGAGCUGAUGGAAAUUAAGUCAUGAGGCAGUAUCUUCUACAAGUGACUGGGAGGGAGAAGGGAGCCUGACAUCGCCACAGAAGCCUUGAAGAGCCAUGACGUCAACAGUACAGUCUCUGCGUUUCCCACUGCUUCCACAUGAACCAGACCAAGACCGGACACAUAGUUGUGAUCAGGAGAUUGAGAGGCACUAUCAAGUAGUGCCCUCCGUUGUAUGUGCCAUGUGCUGCCUCUUUGGGAUCAUCUAUUGCUUCUUUGGAUACCGAUGCUUCAAAGCAGUGAUGUUCCUGACUGGGCUGAUGUUUGGCUCAGUAAUCAUCUUCAUGUUGUGUUACAAAGAGCGGGUGCUGGACACUCAGCUAAGCGUGGAGGCCUCUGUGGGCAUUGGCCUGGGCAUUGGCGUGCUCUGCGGGCUAGUCACCAUGCUGGUACGCAGUGUCGGGCUGUUCAUGGUUGGGCUGCUGCUGGGGCUACUACUGGCGGUAGCUACACUGGUAGUGAUGGAGCAGUUCUACCACCCACCUACUGUCUGGAUUCCCAUUGGCUUAUUGCUGGGGGUGGGCAUGCUGUGUGCUGUCCUGACCCUACAAUGGCAGCGCCUCUUCACCACAUUGUCGACUGCUGUCUUCGGUAGUGCUGUCAUGACUGCCACUGCUGACUACUUUGUUGAGCUCUUUUUGCUGCUGCAGUAUGUUUAUGAGCGUGUCAAGGUGGCACCUGCCCGGCCCAUCUGCUGGUACAGCUGGGUCAUCUUGGGUACUUGGCCUGUCCUGGCAUUUUUGGGUGUCUUGGUGCAAUGGAAAGUCACAGCUGAAGGAUACUCACACACUGAAGUGAUUAUCAGUCGGCAGCAGCGUCGUGUGCAGUUGAUGCGGAUCAAGCAGCGGGAAGAGCGGAAAGAAAAGAAGAAAAAGCGGCCACAUCCUCACCCCCACCUGCAACAUAAGGCCCACCCACCUGAGCCGGCCUACCGCCGCAAGCCUAAUCCUGUGCGUCGAUUUGAUGGGGAUGUGCUCUCCCCAAGCUACAUACAGAGCUUCCGAGAACGGCAGACAGGUUCCUCUCUCAACAGCCUCCUGGCCAACGCUCAUGCCGCCAUUGACAUAGACUAUGACUGUGGCUCCACUGUGCCCCUGACCACUGGCUCGGGUCCUGCCAUGAGAGUAUAGACCAGCACUUCCUCCAGAAUACAAGUGCUAUCUCCUGUGGUCACCUGGGCCAAGCCAUGUGGCUAGAACUAGCAUCUUGGUUACCACCAGGAUCUGAGAACAUUCUUCACUGGUAUUUGCAGCCUAUGCGCAGACAUAUUUCAACACCUCUCAAACCGCUAAACAUAAGUGGAAUUCUUCCUAGUGUUUCUAAGCCAUCAUGCAACAAGGGGUGAGGAAGGAGUUUGAGCAGGUGCUCAAGGCAAAGGGCUGAAGCGUGAUCUGGCUGUAAUCCACGCCUGGUCAGAAAUGUGAAAUGCAGGACUU